AUGGAGCUUGACACACACGCUCUCGCCUUCCUCCCGCUGGUGCUUGUUGCCUCGCUCGCGACGUUCCUCCAGCCUGCCGCUGCAAACGAUGGCACGCCACGUCCCGGCGGAGGCUUCAGCCUCCGCCUGGUCCCUUACGGCGGCUGGAACAGCACCAUGCACGUCGACGGCGGCGGCUUCCUGCACCUCAACGAGCAGGCAGCCACCACUGCGCUUCGGCCGCAUGUCCACGGGCCGAGAGGGCUGACAUACAGCGUGGCCACCACCGUCGGGACGGGCAGCGGCCGCCGCACCUACGACCUGGUGCUGGACACGGUCAGCAGCCUGACAUGGAUGCAGUGCAUGCCGAUUGCGCAUCCUUUCCCACAGAUUCCGCCGCCCUUCAACCCGGAGAUCUCGUCGUCGUUCAGACGCGUCUCGCGCAGGAGCGACCUGUGUCAUAAGCCAUACAGGGGCACCGAUUGCGAGUUCCGGGUGAACCGCCUCGACGGCGCACACGCGAGCGGUGUGCUCGGCAACGAGACCUUCGCCUUCGCGAACGAUGGUGGCGCGGCUGCGGCCGCGGAGGUUCGCGGCGUCGUGUUUGGCUGCGCGCACACCACCACGGGGUUCCUCAGCCAUGGAGUACUCGCCGGCGUCCUCGGCCUGGGGAAGCAGACACCGUCGCUCAUCUGGACUCGGCUCCACCAGCACGGGCAGGACGGCCGCUUCUCCUACUGCCUCUUCGGGCCCGGGCGUCCGGACAGGCACGGUUUCCUCCGUUUCGGCGCAGACGUCUCAGCCACGGGCCACAUGAAGAGCACCAAGAUCCUCUUCAUGCGCUUCACGACCGACCCGCACUUCAGCGGCUACUUCGUCAGCGUCUUGGGCGUCAGCGUCGCCGACAAGGCCCUGGUCCCGCCACCUGGACAACGCCAAAUGAGCAUAUUAUUACGGCGCCACAGGUCGCACGACGGUAGGUGGUACGGCGGGUGCCUCAUCGAUCCGGGGACGAGCACGACGGCGAUAACGCAGCCGGUGUACCACGUCCUGGAGCACGCCGUGGUGGAACACGUCACGAGACUCGGGCUGCCGCUCGUGAAGCGUGACGGGUACCGCCUUUGCUUCAGCGGUGCGACUCAGGCCGCCCUCGAGUACCUGCCGACGGUGACGCUGCGCUUCGAGGAGGGCGCCGAGCUCGUGAUCAGGCCGCAACAGCUCUUCGUCUUUGUUCAGCACGAUAUCUGCCUCACCGUGGUGCCGAGCAAGGACAUCACAAUCAUCGGGGCGAUGCAGCAGGUGGACACGCGCUUCGUCUAUGACAUUGCAGCCGGCAAGAUCCAAUUCGCCCCUGAGAAAUGA